CCUCACAACAUCCUCGCAAUUAAAAAAAAAACAUGUUGAUGAACUUACCCAAGCUACCUAACGGCUGAUGUCUCUCUCAGUCGGGCCUCAAAAUGUUUACUGCGCACCCUCGACGAGUCGGUCUCACAGCCUCUGCUCCUCCUCCUGCCCACUCCGCCCCGAGUUUUACAUCAGGCAGUGGUAACUUCCCCAACACCGUGGAGAUGGGGGACCGUACAACGGGCUGGGGUUCAGAGAGUUUAUUUACACAUCUUGCCCCUUUACGCUCCAAAGUCCAAAUCCUAUGGGAGAACCAAGUCUAGUGCCUGAGCCCCCCAACUCGCUGUGUGACCUUGGACAAGUGGCCACACGUCUCUGAAUCUUUCUUCUCGCUAACACUAUGAUAGGUUCUAGGGCUGCACGAGGCUCGAACACAAACAACUAGGUCCUUCUUUUUGAUUCCCUGCUCCGUCUUCCCCAAGAUCGGCUGGGCAUGCUCGCUUCUUUUUCUCACCGGUUGCCUAGCCAACUCUACCCGUUGUUGAGGAGGAACUGAGGUCCAGGCCAUUGACGGCGUUCUCCUCGCGGGUCCCACCGUCGCCGCACCCACCCCCGGAUGUGACCAGCUCUUCUGGGCCACACUAGCCGGCAGCGCGCAGGGCUGCGGAGAGAGCUCUUGGCGCUCCCUCUUUGCGGGGCAGGGUCUCCGCGGUCUCCCGGCACCAGGAGCUUUGGGAAGUGUUAAGAUGCUGCGGGAGCGACCAGGCGAAGGCGAGGCAGGGCUGGUGGGGCUGCCCCGGUGACAGCAUCCUCGCUGCGAGCCCGCGCCCGCUCCUCCCUCGCACUCUUGAGCGCCUAAGGGGACUUUCUCGGGAGCCAGCCGGGUCCAGCCUCUCGGCGGCGCGGUCUCAUCCCAGGGCCCGCGAAGCCGAGCCGGCAGCAUGUGGAACGCGACGCCGAGCGAGGAGCCAGGGUCCAACCUCACCCUGCGGGACCUGGGCUGGGACACUCCCCGCGACAACGACUCGCUGGCGGACGAGCUGCUGCCGCUCUUCCCCGCGCCGCUGCUGGCCGGGGUCACCGCCACCUGUGUGGCGCUCUUCGUGGUGGGCGUCGCGGGCAACCUGCUCACCAUGCUGGUGGUAUCGCGCUUCCGCGAGCUGCGGACGACCACCAACCUCUACCUGUCCAGCAUGGCCUUCUCCGACCUACUCAUCUUCCUCUGCAUGCCCCUCGACCUCGUUCGCCUCUGGCAGUACCGGCCCUGGAACUUCGGCGACCUGAUCUGCAAACUCUUCCAGUUCGUCAGCGAGAGCUGCACCUACGCCACGGUGCUCACCAUCACCGCGCUGAGCGUCGAGCGCUACUUCGCCAUCUGCUUCCCGCUGCGGGCCAAGGUGGUAGUCACCAAGGGCCGCGUGAAGCUGGUCAUCCUGGUCAUCUGGGCCGUGGCCUUCUGCAGCGCCGGGCCCAUCUUCGUGCUGGUGGGAGUGGAGCACGAGAACGGCACCGACCCUUGGGACACCAACGAAUGCCGGGCCACCGAGUUCGCCGUGCGCUCCGGACUGCUCACCGUCAUGGUGUGGGUGUCCAGCGUCUUCUUCUUCUUGCCUGUCUUCUGCCUCACUGUGCUCUACAGCCUCAUCGGCAGGAAGCUGUGGCGGAGGAGGCGCGGCGAGGCGGCGGCGGGCGCCUCGAUCCGGGACCAGAACCACAAGCAAACAGUGAAAAUGCUGGCUGUCGUGGUGUUCGCUUUCAUCCUCUGCUGGCUGCCUUUCCACAUAGGGCGAUAUUUAUUUUCCAAAUCCUUCGAGCCUGGCUCCCUGGAGAUUGCUCAGAUCAGCCAAUACUGCAACCUGGUAUCCUUUGUCCUCUUCUACCUCAGUGCUGCCAUUAACCCCAUUCUGUACAACAUUAUGUCCAAGAAGUACCGAGUGGCGGUAUUCAAGCUUCUGGGAUUUGAACCCUUCUCCCCAAGGAAGCUCUCCACUCUGAAGGAUGAAAGUUCUCGGGCUUGGACAGAAUCUAGUAUUAAUACAUGACCAAGCACAUUGCUGAGCAAAGUCAUUGCUUAUUCCAAAGCGGAAGCCAUAGCACAACAGAAAUUGGGAGAAAGUUGAAGGUUAAUUUUGGAAAUAGAGACACAUAGAUCUGGAAAUAACUGGGGGGAAAGAAAGGCUAGAAUCUGUAGUGUGCCAGCAGUUUGAUUGGAUUGCACACUCAUCAGUGCUCUCAUACACCAUUUCUGCAUUAUUCACUGACUAUGAUUUCACAUUCUGCUGGUGGUGCUAGCAAGGGCUUUGCAAUUUGGACAAGAGAAUGGGUGCAGAGAGGGCAAUUAGGGCACUUCUUACUGGGUAAACACUAAACCUGAUUUACUUUUUCAUAAUGGUAAAAAAUUUAAAACAUGACCUUUAAAUACUAGCAGUUUUCAUAUAGCUCUAGAUCAGUGCUAUCCAAGAGAAAUAUAAUGCAAGGUACUUAAGGAGUUAAUGCAAAAAUUAUAAAUUAGAAUGCAAA